CGCGGUCGUAACUGCGCAUUCUGAAUCUGUUGCUAUUUACUUGCAUAUCGCCGUAAAGCUGUGCAAAACUAGAAGCUGCUGCACACAAUUGCUGUGUUUGGCAGUGGGGUUGAACUUGAAACUUGAAAGACCGCUGUUAAGCCCGCUUCCUAUCAUCGCCCUUGCUGCUCAGCAUCGUCCUUCAAGCUACUGCUAUCCGUCGGCCUCGUCGUUUGGUCUCAUCAGAUAUCCCUCGUCUUUUACACAGUCCAUCCGGUCCUUCAUAAUGUCUGAAAUCCGCAGGAAGCUUGUCAUUGUGGGUGAUGGUGCUUGCGGAAAGACCUGUUUGCUGAUUGUCUUCUCGAAAGGGACAUUCCCGGAGGUCUACGUUCCUACUGUCUUCGAGAACUACGUUGCCGACGUCGAGGUCGACGGGAAGCAUGUCGAGCUAGCUCUCUGGGAUACGGCAGGCCAGGAGGACUAUGAUCGUCUCAGGCCACUCAGUUACCCCGACUCCCACGUCAUUCUCAUUUGUUUCGCAGUAGACUCGCCGGAUUCGCUCGACAACGUCCAGGAGAAGUGGAUUUCCGAAGUCAUGCACUUUUGCGCUGGUUUGCCUAUCAUCCUCGUCGGUUGCAAGAAGGACCUUCGGCGGGACCCGAGAGUCAUUGAGGAGCUGAGGAAGACCAACCAGCGGCCUGUUACUCCUGAGGAGGGUAUGGCCGUACAGCAGAAGAUUGGUGCAAAGCACUACCUCGAGUGCUCAGCUAAGACCGGCGAGGGCGUGCGCGAGGUUUUCCAGUACGCUACCCGCGCGGCGCUACUUAGCAGGCCCAAGGGUAGCAAGAAGCACCACUGUGUUGUCCUGUAAAGUUUUUGUCGGACACUUCCUUGCAUGCACUGGGCUGGCGUUAGCAUCGAGCUCGGAUCGUGUUGUUACUCCCAUAAUACCCCCCUCGCGACAUUCUCAUGACUACCUACUAUCUUCUGCAAUGACUGUCAUACAUCCAUCUUUCUUCGUAUUACAUUGGUCUUCGACCCCACCGUCUGUCGCGAGUGCUCUCGGUUUCCUCUCAACGCCUAAGAUACUAAGAUACGAGUUUUUUUUUUCUUUUUCUUGCAUGUAAGUAACGAGAUGUGGCCAUCUAUAGCCUGUGAUAAUGUCAACG